AUGCCCCACAACAGUUCCCGCACCAUCCCGACGAGGAACAGCUAUACCCGAAUUGAGCGUUUCCGCGUCAAGCCUCGAUGGCUCUUCGUUAAGAUCACGGACGACGAGGGAAGAGUUGGAUGGGGAGAGGGCACUCUUGAAGGCCAUGAUUUGGCUGUUGAAGGAGCUCUGGAUGAAAUUAUCGUUCGAGUCGUUGGGUUGGAAGCCAAUAACAUUGAGCAUAUCUGGCAGCUGAUAUGGCGGCUUGGGUUCUAUCGUGGAGGCCCGGUCUUCAUGUCUGCAUUGUCCGGCAUCGAUAUAGCGUUAUGGGAUCUUAAAGCUCGCAGAUUGAAUGUCCCAUUGUACGAACUGCUCGGAGGACUUGUUCGAUCGAAGUGUCAAGUGUACUGUUGGAUCGGAGGCGAUAGACCAGCUGAUGUUGAAGCUGCUGCCAAAGUUCGAAAAGCCCAGGGUUUGACUUGCGUGAAGAUGAACGCCACAGAAGAUGUAAACUGGCUGGACAAACCAUCCAUUCUCGACUCAACAGUAGAACGACUGAAGACGGUCAAAGCUCUUGGCCUUGAUGUUGGGCUCGACUUCCACGGCAGACUGCACAAGCCGAUGGCUAAGCAGCUCGCCAAAGCUCUAGAACCUCACAGGCCGCUUUUCAUCGAAGAACCCAUACUUGUAGAGAACCCAGAAGCUCUAAAGCAGCUCGCCGGAAUGACAUCGAUUCCAAUAGCCCUAGGCGAGCGAUUGUAUACCCGCUGGGACGUCAAAAAGUUCCUCGAAGACGGCCUCAUUGACAUCUUGCAACCCGACAUUGCACAUGCCGGCGGCGUAUCCGAAACGAAGCGUCUCGCAAACAUGGCGGAAGCGUACGACGUGGCCAUUGCACCGCAUUGUCCCCUUGGACCAAUCGCCUUCGCGGCAUCACUACAUGUUGGACUUUCAACCAGUAACUUUGUUAUCCUGGAGAUGUCCCUUGGGAUGCAUUACAAUACGGAAGCUGGAGAUAUCGAUCUCAAUACGUAUCUUAAAKAUCAAUCCGUUUUCGAUAUCAAGGAGGGAUAUGUGGAAGCUCCCACUGGGCCUGGGUUGGGAAUCGAUAUUGAUGAGGAGAUGAUUCGGAGAAUUGCUGCUGAGACGGAGCCAUGGCAGUGCAAGGAGUUUUAUGGCCCUGAURGUAGCAUUCGGGAGUGGUGA